AGCGGGUGGGUUGCACAAAGGACACAGCCCCUUGACACCUUAGUGCGCUCAGUGUUUUCUGAGCGCCUUCUCUGUAAUCCCCGAGGUUGGUGCCGUGGGGUGCAUUCCUAGGUAGGCCUCUGGGUGCUCUGGGGUUAAGGCCUGUCCACGUGAGAGUACCUUGCGACAGAGCCACACGCCCUCCCACCUGCGGGCGGCCUCCUGCACUCACCAUUGCCCAGUGUCGCCAGCUCCACCCGACACAGGGAUGCGCCCGCCCGCGCGUUCGCUGUGUUAUGCCAGGGCAGCGCGGUGAGCAAACAGGUCAUCCGGCCUGAGCAGCCAGCUUGGGUCUCCUCCCUGCCACCCAUGCCAGACGUGCAUCCAGGACCCGGCUGCUACCACACACCCUGCCUCCGCUCAGUCUUCCAGACGGGUGGCAGACAUGGAGGAACUGACCAUCUGGGAACAGCACACGGCCACGCUGUACAAGGACCCCCGCCGCGGCUUCGGCAUCGCCAUCUCUGGAGGCCACGACCCCGACAGCAGAUCCGUGAUCGUGUCCGACGUUGUGCCCGGAGGCCCGGCCGUGGGCAGGCUCCAGACCGGGGACCACAUCGUCAUGGUGAAUGGGGUCUCCGUGGAGAACGUCACGUCUGCCUUCGCCAUCCAGAUUCUGAAAACCUGCAACAAAACGGCCAACAUUACAGUGAAGCGCCCUCGUAGGGUGCAGCUACCUGUCACCAAGGCCAGCACAUCACCGGGCCACCAGCUCUCAGACCGGGAGGAAGUUGACCAUGGCCGGGGCUAUGAGGGCGACUCCUCCAGCGGCUCUGGCCGAUCUUGGGGUGAGCGUUCUCGCCGGACCAAGGCAGGACGCCGUAGCCGCGUGGGUAGUCACCGGCACCAGAGCUCGGGUGGUAGAUCUGAGCCCAACGGACUGGACCUGGUAUCUGGCUACAAGCGCUUGCCGAAGCAGGAUGUGCUCAUGAGGCCGCUCAAGUCCGUGCUGGUGAAGAGAAGAAACAGCGAGGAGUUCGGAGUGAAGCUGGGUAGCCAGAUCUUCAUAAAACACAUCACAGAUUCUGGCCUCGCUGCCCGGAACCGCGGGCUGCAGGAAGGAGACCUUAUCUUGCAGAUCAAUGGGGUGUCAAGUGCGAAUCUGUCCCUGAGCGACACACGGCAACUCAUCGAGGAGUCAGAGGGGGAGCUGACCCUGCUGGUGCUGAGGGAUAGCGGGCAGUUCCUAGUGAACAUCCCUCCCGCAGUGAGUGACAGCGACAGCUCCCUUAUGGAAGACAUCUCAGACCUGACCUCGGAACUGUCCCAGGCGCCCCCAACCCACAUCCCUCCGCCACCUCUGCAGAGUCAGCGGAGCCCCGAGGCCAGCCAGCCAAGCUCUCCGAUGGAGAGCCCGCAGCCCCGGAGGCGGGAAUGGUCAGUGGAUUCAAGAGCCAUUGCUGAACCAGAGUAUCCUGGAGAAAGCCGCUAUGACAUUUAUCGGGUCCCCAGCCAGCAGAGCCUGUCAGAUCGCGGCUACAGCCCCGACAUGCGUGUCGUGCGCUUCCCCAAGGGUGCGAGCAUUGGCCUGCGGCUGGCUGGCGGCAACGACGUGGGCAUCUUCGUGUCCGGGGUGCAGGAAGGCAGCCCAGCCGACGGUCAGGGCAUCCAGGAAGGGGACGAGAUCUUACAGGUGAACGGCAUGCCAUUCCGGAACCUGACCCGGGAGGAAGCUGUGAACUUCCUGUUGGAGCUACCGCCAGGGGACAACAUGGAGCUUGUGACGCAGAGCAAGCAGGACAUCUUCAGGAAAAUGGUCCAGUCCCGCGUGGGUGACUCCUUCUACAUCCGCACGCACUUCGAGCUGGAGCCGAGCCCACCCUACGGCCUGGGCUUCACUCGUGGUGACGUCUUCCACGUAGUGGACACUUUGUACCGUGGCUCGGGGUCUGGCUAUGGUGGUCGUGGUGGCCUCUGGCUGGCCGCCCGCAUGGGCAGAGAUCUCCGAGAGCAAGAACGCGGUGUCAUCCCCAAUCAGAGCAGGGCAGAGCAGCUGGCCAGCUUGGAGGCUGCGCAGCGGGCAGCGGGCGUUGGCCCAGGCGCCCCCUUGGCCUCCAACCCACGGGCCGAGUUCUGGCGGCUCCGAGGUCUCCGCCGAGGGACCAAGAAGACUACACAGCGGAGCCGCGAGGAUUUGUCGGUGCUGACCAAGCAGGGACACUACCCGCCCUACGAACGUGUGGUGCUGCGAGAAGCCAGCUUUAAGCGCCCGGUGGUGAUCCUAGGACCGGUGGCCGACAUCGCCAUGAAGAGGCUGACAGCAGAGAUGCCCGAUCAGUUCGAAAUCGCAGAAAGCGUGUCCCGGACUGACAACCCAUCCAAGAUUAUCAAACUGGACACGGUGCGGGUGAUCGCCGAGAGGGACAGGCACGCGCUCCUGGACGUCACCCCCUCAGCCAUCGAGCGCCUCAACUAUGUUCAGUACUACCCCAUCGUGAUCUUCUGCAUCCCCGAAAGCCGCCGGGCCCUGAAGGCUCUGCGGGAGUGGCUGGCCCCUGCCUCCCGCCGCAGCAGCCGCCGCCUGUAUGCGCAAGCGCAGAAGCUCCAGAAACACAGCGGGCACCUCUUCACAGCCACCGUCCCCCUGCACGGUACCGAUGACUCCUGGUACCAGGAGAUCAAGGCCGUGGUGCAGCAGCAGCAGACGCGACCUAUCUGGACUGCAGAAGACCAGCUGGACGGCUCAUCCGAGGACCUUGAUCUGCCGGGCCGCGGCCUGGAUACCAGCUCUGGGGACCUCAGCUGUGACAGUCGGGCCAACAGCGACUAUGAGGACACGGACGGCGCCUACACAGACGGCGAGGGCAGCGGGCCCCAGGACGCCGAUGAGGAGUCCCCCGUCCCCGCUCUGGCCCGGUCUUCGGAGCCUGCAUGGGUGGAAGACCACGAGGGGCUGAGGGGUCACGGGGGGAUCACCGCCGAGUUUGAGACACAGGCUGGCAGCCGCCAUCCUCAGGGCCAGUGGCACGAGGACAGCAUGCGGACCUACGAGCGCGAAGCUCUAAGGAGGAAGUUCACGAGAGCCCGGGAUGUUGAGUCCUCCGAUGACGACGCCUACGACUGGGGCCCAGCCACCGAUCUGUGACCUGUGACCUCAGAGGUCACAAGCCCUGCCUCCUGCUCCCUGGAGCCUCAGUUUCCCUUGUAGGACCCAGAGCCUCUGACCAUUUAAUAAACCUUAAUUUUCUUUAACAUUA